UCGAAAUUCAAGGAGAAAGAAAGCAAAUUUCGCGUCGUAGCAUGAAUCCAACGAACGUAACUCCAUGAAUCUUCAAGUGGUUUUCGGUUUAGGGGUUCACUUUUCUCUCCCAGAACUUCAUUUUGUAAUUACUAAAUCUCAGUCCUGUUCUGUAAUGGGUUCCCUUGAUUGAUUCUUCGUGAAGUGAUUGAGAUUGGGUUCAGGGCUGUCGUUAAGUUAAUUAGGGUUUUAGGAAGUUUUGUAGUGAAAAAAGAUGGAAUUUUUAGGCUCAUCUGAGUGCAAUCUAGGGAUUCUAGAAACUCUAUCAGACGAUGCGAUUCAGGAAAUUACAGAAAGCUACGAUGGGUUUUUCACUACUGUGGAGUCUCUCAUUGCCGGCGCCGGAGAUUCCUCAGUCGAGCAAGAGCUCGUGUCUCAUGUAUAUACUCUUUGCAAACACGGGCUUGAUUCUCUUGUUCGUGACCACUUCCUCAGAUCACUCGAGCAAGCUUUUGAAAAGAGUGGUGCAUCCAGUUUUUGGCAUCAUUUUGACGCUUACAGCGAGAAGAAACAUAAUGAUUAUGGAGAUGAGAUUCAGGAAGUCUUAUGCAAGGCUUUGGAAGAGAUAUCUAUAGAGAAGCAGUAUCAUGAGAAGUGCUUGUCCAUAGUGGUUCAUGCUAUGCAGUCGUUUAAAGAAGAGUCAUCAGAGGAUACACAGAACGCAGAUGCAGAAAGAGUUCAACUUUUUGCGAGAUUCCGGUCAAUGUUGUCUUCAACUCUGAUGACUACUCUUCCUCAGCAUUUUCCUGAAAUACUCCACUGGUAUUUUAAGGAAAAGCUGGAGGAGCUAAGUGCAAUCAUGGAUGAAGAUGAUAUCGCAAAACAGGAGAGUGAUUGCAUGGAUUUGGACGAGAAGCUGAGAUCUAAAAAUGGAGAAAUGGAUGUUGAUGAAGGCUAUUCAAGACAUGAAGGUUUGGUGAAGAACAUUGGGAAGGUGGUCCGUGACCUUAGAAGCAUUGGAUUCACGUCUAUGGCCGAAAAUGCUUAUGCUUCUGCAAUUUUUUUGCUUCUUAAGGCGAAAGUGCAUGAUCUAGCUGGUGAUGAUUACAGGACUUCUGUUUUGGGGUCAAUAAAAGAAUGGAUUCAGACAGUUCCUCUUCAGUUCCUUAAUGCGCUUCUUUCUUAUCUUGGUGAUUCCGUAAAUUACGGUACCACAUCGUCUGGACUCACGUCUCCACUGGCUUGUUGUCCAUCUCCAAGCUUGUCUAAAGUAGUGACUCCAUCCGAAGGAAUUGUUAGGUGGAAAUUACGGCUUGAAUACUUUGCGUAUGAGACACUGCAAGAUUUAAGGAUAGCCAAACUAUUUGAGAUAAUUGUGGAUUAUCCUGAGAGUUCUCCUGCUAUUGAAGACUUAAAACAGUGUCUUGAAUAUACUGGACAGCAUUCUAAACUAGUUGAAUCUUUCAUUUCUUCGCUGAAGUACCGUUUGCUCACUGCCGGUGCCUCAACCAUUGAUAUAUUGCAUCAGUAUGUGUCGACCAUUAAAGCCCUUCGAGCAAUAGACCCAGCUGGUGUAUUUCUGGAAGCAGUGGGUGAGCCAAUCAGAGACUAUCUGCGUGGCCGGAAAGACACCAUCAAAUGUAUUGUCACUAUGCUUACGGAUGGAAGCGGAGGGAAUGCAAAUGGUUCCGGAAACCCUGGGGAUAGUCUUCUUGAAGAGUUAAUGAGGGAUGAAGAAAGUCAAGAGAAUGUUGGUUUUGAUGAUGAUUUUCACACUGAUGAUAAGCAAGCCUGGAUCAAUGCUUCUCGUUGGGAACCUGAUCCUGUAGAGGCUGAUCCAUUAAAAGGUAGCCUCAGUCAGAGAAAAGUAGACAUACUCGGAAUGCUUGUUGAUAUAAUUGGAUCGAAAGAGCAACUAGUAAAUGAAUAUCGUGUUAUGCUCGCUGAAAAGCUUCUCAACAAGACUGAUUAUGACAUCGACACUGAGAUACGCACUGUCGAACUCCUCAAGAUCCAUUUUGGAGAAGCUAGUAUGCAAAGAUGUGAGAUAAUGCUGAACGACCUGAUUGAUUCUAAGAGAGUGAACACUAACAUUAAAAAGGCAUCUCAAACAGGCGCUGAGUUAGCAGAGAAUGAGCUAUCUGUUGAUAUUCUUACCUCGACGAUACUUUCAACAAACUUCUGGCCACCAAUUCAGGAUGAGCCUCUUGAGUUACCUGGACCUAUUGACAAGCUGCUAUCAGAUUAUGCCAAUAGAUAUCAUGAAAUCAAGACCCCUCGUAAACUACUUUGGAAGAAAAAUCUUGGCUCGGUCAAGUUGGAGUUACAAUUUGAAGACAGAGCUAUGCAGUUCACAGUCUCCCCUACUCAUGCAGCCAUUAUCAUGCAAUUUCAAGAAAAGAAAAGUUGGACCUCUAUAGAUCUUGCUGCAGCCAUUGGGAUACCCACUGAUGCAUUAAACCGAAGAGUAAACUUCUGGAUAAGCAAGGGAGUUUUAAGAGAAUCUAGAGGAACAGACUCAAAUGGCAGUGUGUAUACGCUUGUUGAAUCCAUAACUGAUUCCGGAAAGAACGAAAGCGAGGAGCUUUUAGCAGGUGAUGAAGAGAACGAAGGAUCGAUUGCCUCUGUGGAAGACCAACUUCGCAAAGAAAUGACAAUAUACGAGAAAUUCAUCAUGGGAAUGCUCACAAAUUUCGGCAGCAUGGCACUAGAACGAAUCCAUAACACUCUCAAGAUGUUCUGUGUCGCUGAUCCUUCUUACGACAAGUCUCUGCAACAGCUUCAGAGCUUUCUUUCUGGUUUGGUCUCUGAAGAGAAACUAGAGUUUAGAGAUGGAAUGUAUUUGCUAAAGAAAUAGAUAUAUUUGUUACAUUGUGUGUUAAGACAUGAACUAAGUUCUGUCUCUUUGUAUCAUCACGAUUUCGUAUUUUUAAUGAAAUAUCUAACAUCAA